AUGGACGCUUCGGAUGUGCACUUGCUGUUCAUAGGUAUUUAUCAUAUGCCAACAGAAGUUCACUGGACUUUCCUCAUCGAAGUCAGCUCCAGACUACAAGGCGUAAGGCGCUUUCAUCCUUGCUGUGGGAUCGAAACAAAGCUGGAUGAAGGCCUUCCUGUACCGAACGAUGCUCGCUACAAAAACCCAGCUCAUCCAAUCCGCGAGCGAUUGGCAAAUCUAUCUGAAGAUGAGUCUAUUGAAAAGUUUGCAGUUGGGAAGGUAGGAAGUAUGGACCGUUUGCUAAAGAUCCUUCAAGAGGAUCCUGGAGAAAGCCCGUCAGAUUGUUACCAGUGGGUUCGAAAUACAAUCAAUCGUCUCAGGGAGGACGAUUCCUGUAAUAAAGACCUGCGAGAGAAGGCAGUUCACGUUUCGGAGGAGAAAUGGUUCGAAAUCAACGAAUUGUUGAAACAAGAUCCUAACAUACAUCAUAAUGCCAGGAAUCAGGAUAGCGUGGGCCUAGGUGUUGAGCACCAAGAUUGUACAAGCCAAAAUGGCAUGAGCCAGCACAUUACGCACCAGAGUUGCAUGGGUUCAGAUGGAAUAAGCAUCGAAGAUAUCGAUAUCGAUGAAAUCAGCUCGCGUAUUGCUAACCAGAAUGUCACGGUUCCAGAUAAAAUAAGCCUCGAUGGGCUAACUCCAGAUUUUAUACAGCACUACAGCCUGGAUAAGCACCCGAUGGUUCGGAAUGCCGAAAGUCACCAUGGCAUUCAUCAUGAUGGCACGAACCUCGGUCUCAACUGCCAGAAUACAGUGAGAUAUCGUGCUAUUAAUCAGAAUAUUCCACCUCAGAAUAACAUAGCCUGCAAUACAACACUUCGAUAUAAUGCAAAUCAGAGUCACAUGGGCGAUAGGAUGGUGAGCAUUAAUAAUAUGGGUCAGAGCAGCGACAAUCAGAACCACAAGAAACACAAGGGCAAGAAACACGGUUCUAAAUGGUGUUGUUUUUCUGGGGCAGAGGAUAUUAAUUAG